GUGACCAACUUCAGUCACUCCGAGUCUUCAGUACUAUCAGUGCUAGUAGUAGCAACAUACUGUGCCCGCCUGAGUGUCCAUUCUGUCAUUUCUGUACGAUUCUUGCUUAUGACUGUCACUAAAAUCACAUUCUUCGACAUCCCUACUGUCCUCCCAGUCCCCACCUCACCGAAUACAUGGAAAGUAAGAUUAGCCCUAAACUACAAAGGCCUGUGCUACCAAACCCGGUGGGUUGAGACCACCGACAUCGAAUCAGUUAGCAAAUCACUCGGGAUUCCCCCCACAGGCACCUCACCUUCUGGAGUACCAACAUACACUCUCCCAGCGUUAAUAGACAACACAUUCUCUCCACCCGCUAUCCUCUCAGAUUCGACGCCCAUCAUCGAAUACCUAGAACGCAGGUAUCCAGACCCCGACCCCACUCAUGUGCUCCUCCCAUCAGGAAGUCGAGCACUUCAAGCGCUGUUUGAGUAUCACGUCGCUACCUCCAUCACUGCUCAUCUUCUCCCCGUCAUGGUGAUGCACAUGUACUCGAAAAAGACCCCGCGCGACCGCGCACAUUUUCGCCAGCGCAUGGAAGCGGCAUUCGGUAAGAAAUUGGAGGACAUAGAGCUGAAAGGUCGCGACAGGGAGGAGGCAUGGAAACGAAUCGAAGGUUCCUUUGACCUGCUCUCUAAGCUUUUGGAAAAGAAUGUGCAUGGAAUUUACUUCAUGGGGGAGAAUUUAUCGCUGGCUGACUGUAUGCUUGGAGGGCUGAUGCUCACAUUGCGAUAUGAUAGCCCUGAUGAGGCAUGGCUAAAGGUUGUAAGUUGGAACAACGGUAGGUGGGCUAGGUAUAUGGCAGCACUGGAGAAAUGGGCUGUCGUGCAUUGAUCACCGUGCAUGACAUGAUAACAUCUACUAGUACCACGGCAGCAUAUCCAAGUAGAGCACACUUUUAGUCGUACCCUUCCGAUAUUCCAGUCCAUUGCUCAUCGUGGUCAUAAAGGAUGCUUAUUCUGUAUUGUAGUGCUACAAUGAGGUAAACUGUGAUUUCUGUAUAGCUGACCUAA